CUGAUUGGCUUAGGUGGCAACCGCUAACGGCUUUGGAAUUUAAACCCGAGCUUCGGCCGCGGGCGCGGAGCUUCGGGAGCUUGGUGGUGGUCCCACCACGCUGAGAAAGCGAGGGAGGGCUAUGGGAGAAAAAAGAGCCACUGCCUGAAAGGACUGCGGAAUCCACAUCAUCCUGGGAGAGGCUGGUUCACGAAGAUGAGAGGACUGCUCAGGGAAGAGACUGAGGCUAGAGGUUUUGAUCGAUUGUGAGUUCCAGAGGACUUCACGAGUUGGGCAAGCUUCUGGAGGCCAGAAGUCCAAACUCGGUAUCACUGAGCUGAAAUCAAGGGGACUGUGGGCUGCAUUCAUUCCAGAAGCUCUAAAGGACCAAAGAAGGGAUGUUCAGAGCUGGAGAAGGAUUAGGUGAGGGAGUGAUGGAGUACCCAGUGACAGAAGGUGGAUCACUUCCUUCCUCAGGAAUUAAGAAACAUGGGAAAGACAAAAGAAUGUCAAAGACUGCUAAGUUGAAUGUUUCUCUUGCCUCCAAAAUCAAGACAAAAAUAAUAAACAAUUCUUCUAUUUUCAAAAUAUCUUUAAAGCACAACAACAGGGCACUAGCUCAGGCUCUUAGUAGAGAGAAAGAGAAUUCUCGAAGAAUUACAACUGAAAAGAUGUUAUUGCAAAAAGAAGUGGAAAAACUGAAUUUUGAGAACACAUUUCUUCGCCUAAAGCUAAAUAAUUUGAAUAGGAAGCUAAUAGAAAUAGAAGCACACGUGAACAAUAACUUGAUAACUGCAAUUGAAAUGAGCACUCUUUCUGAGUUCCAUCAGAGUCCUUUUGUACUGCCAGCCAGCAAGAAUAAACAUGUCAAUAAACAGUGCAAGUCGAUGCGUCUUCCAUUUGCAAGGGUUCCAUUAACUUCAAAUGAUGACGAUGAUGAUGAUGAUGAUGAAGAAGAAGACAAAGAGAAAAUGCAGUGUGACAACAACAUUAUAUCAAGCAUGUCAUCUGAUGUUCCUUCUUCAGUAUCAACAAGGCAGUCUUUAUCAACUCAGUAUAAUUUGGAAUUGUUAUGUCCUACAGAAAAUAACCAAAAUGUUUGUGAUUUAGACAAUUCAGAACAUAUUUCUUCCAUUGUUGACAUACUUCCCAAAGAAAGCUAUUCUCACUCAGACCAAAGUUCCAAGAGUUCCCUAAUGGGUGAGAUGAAAAAUUCCCAGCCUAUCAGCCACAGAAAGGAGAAGCAGUCUCUUAGUAACAUAACUAAAAGGAAAAGGCAUGCAUCAUUUCUGGAAUCAAAUAAUCCUUCUUCAGAUAAUCCUUGUGUGACAGAUUUAGAUCAACAAGGGAUUUCAAAUGCAAAAUUAAAUUGGAAUAAUGAGAUAAAUGAUCAUACUAAUGAAAUGAAUAUUCAAAUGCAAGGAAACACACAGUGCCUUCCUGACUCAUCUGAGUCUGCCAGUGAGCCUACUCCACAGUGCAUGAACCAAGUUCAGAGUCAUGAUGACUUUCAAUGGCAGAAAACUGUGUAUGAUGCCGACAUGGAUUUAACUGCUAGUGAAGUAAGCCAAAUUGUUACAGUUUCAAAAGGCACUAAAAAUAAAUGUAAUAAAACAUCGAAUGACUGUGGAAUCAAAACUUUUAGAAAAGUGAAAGAUUCAAGCUCUGACAAAAAGAGAAUAAGAUCAAAGAAACAGAUUAAAAAUAGUUCAGAAAUGAAUAUAGAGAAAAAGAUUGAAAAUAAACCAGAAAAAAGAUCUGUUGGCCUGAAUGGCAACAGGGAUUCAGAAGAUCCAAAUUUUAUCUUCCGUACUGAACAGUUGACUCAGUUGAAUAUACCGAGGACAAUAAACCUUCACAAUGACUUUGAUCAAGAUGACAAACAAAACACAGAGGAUGGUGAGAAGAAAAGAGUACCUGCAACAGAUGAGCAAGAGGAAACAUGCUCUUUCUCCCAAAGUUCACAUAAAUUCCAGCAGGAAAGUAAGUUUAAUACGGGUCAAAGUUCUCUAGCUUGUAAUAAAAAUAAAGCUUCUAGACAGACAUUUGUGAUUCAUAAAUUAGAAGAAGGUCACUUAUUCCUAAAUCAAAAGGAUAAAGAAACCAUUUCUGAAAACCUAGAAGUCACAGGUGAAUUUCAAAUAGCCAAUCUCGCCACCAAACAUAAUGGAAAUUUUUGUGAUUUCGAGACCCAAAAUAUGUUGGAUUUGAAAAAACAUGUCAUUGAUACACAACCUGUUCAGCAAAAUGAAUCAAAAAUAAAUAAGCUUAGACAGAAAGUAAAUCGGAAGACACAAAUAAUUUCUGAAAUGGAACAAAUAUACAGGGAUAAGGAUAAAGAUGAGCAUGGCCCAGAAAAAUGUAGCUUUUCCAUCCAACCCCAAGAGGAUAAAGAAAUCAUCUCUGGAAACCUAGAAAAUCCAAGUGAGUUUCAAACACCUGCCCUUUCUACCAAAAAUAGUGAAAUCCUAUAUGAUUAUGAGACUCAAAAUAUUUUGAGGGUGAAAAAGCAUGUCCAAGAUAUACAAACUGCUUGUCAAAAUGAAACAAAAAUAGAUAAGAAGCUUAGGCAAAAGGUAUGUCGGAGGACAAAAAUAAUUUCCGAAAUCAACCAACUAUAUGAGCAUAAUGACAAAGACAGGCAUGACCCAGAAAAGGGUAACUUGUUUUCUUUAAUCCACAAAGAUCAAGGGAUCAUUCCUGAAAACCUAGAGGACUCAGAGUUUCAGGUAGCUGAUCCUUCCACCAGAGGUAAUAGGAACCUCUGUGGUUAUGAGACUGAAAACAUGUUGGGGGAGAAAAAGCGUGUUAUGAAUAUGCCACCUGCAAAGCAAAAUGAAUCAAAAAUAAGUAAGAGGCUCAGGGAUAAGGGAAGUCAGAAAACAGAAAUAAUUUUAGAAACAAGCCAAAUAAAUGAGUCUAAUAACAAAGGUGUACAUGACUCAGAGAAAGGUAACAACUUUUCCCUCACCCAAAAGGAUAAAGAAAGUAUUUCUGAAAACUCAGAAGUCACAAAUGAAUUUCAAACAGCUUAUCUUUCUACCAAAGAUAGUGGAAAUUUAUAUUAUGAGACCCCGAAUAUGUCAAAUUUGAAAAACCAUGUAACUGAUAUGCAACCUGCUCAGCAAAAUGAUUCAAAAACAAAUAAGAAGCUUAGGCAGAAAGUGAAUCGAAAGACACAAAUAAUUUCGGAAAUGAACCAGAUAUACAGAGAUAAUGAUGAAGAAGUGCAUGGCCUAGAAAACUACACAAGAGAUUGCAGUUUUAAAAUGAGUGAGUCUAAACAGAGACUUGGAUGCCAAGGUAUUAUCAGUGGAUACUGUAUUGAAAUCAAUAGUAAUGAAAAAGAAAAUUGUGAGCAAAUUUUAAAUCCUUAUAAACAAGUUAAAAAGCGUGGGAAAAAAUCAUCAGGCAAGACAAAGGACAUUUUGGCAGAAGGUAAAAACAAACCUAUUUUUCAGUUAGAGUCUUUACAGACAUCUCUCUCCUUAGAAUCAGGUUUAAAAUAUGUUACUAAUGAAACAGAUUCUGAUUCUGGAAACCAAAUGGAAGCACCUAAAAAUAUAACUCUGAAUAAAAAGAGAGAUGACCCCUUUGCAGAAGUGCAAAAAGGAAAGUGCCAAGUGAAAAGAAUAAGUAAAAAGACAUCCCAGUCAAAGAAAAGGAAGACGUUCAUAGCUCCUUCUCCAGAUAGCCAUGAAGUAAUGCAGAUAUCUGACCCCAGUCAGAGAGUAUCAGUUGAAACUGACCAAGCUGACGAGAGCAAAGAAUUGGAAAAUCAGAAAAUUAAGCCAGACUUUUAUCCAAAAGUGUUUAAUUCUUUAUCUCAGAUAUAUUCACCCAACAUACAAGAUUCUUUCCUUAACAGUGUUCAUGAGGGUUCAAGACCUUUGCAUAUUUCUUCUAGUAAAAAUCUGAGAAUGAAAGAAAAUUUCACCCAGGAUUGCUCGCCAGUCUUCCAAGUAAGUGAUAUACAGAAGACAACAGGGAUAAAAUUUAAAGUCACCGAGAGAACACAAAUAUCAGGUGGUAGAACACUACAGGACUUGACAAAUACCAAUUUUGUUUCAAAAAACACUAUUAAAUUUGAAAAUAAUUCAGAAGAUCUGUCUGUAGAGCAGCCAAGCCGAAGAAGAAGGUGCACUCCUCUCCAUUUCAAGGAGCCAAGUCUCAGAGACAAGAUGAGAAGAUGAGGUGAAUUUAUGGAUUCUGGAUUUUCUGAAUUCUGAAACCAUAACGAGUCAAACAGAAAUAACUGGGAGAGGAAGAAAUACAUGAUGAAAAGUUUGGGUUAUUUUUUUCUUCUUCUGCCUUUUCAUGGAGUGCUGACUUACUCAUUUUCUUUUUUUUUAUGUUUAGAUAUAUGUGCAUUAAAUAGCUGUUUUGUAAUAUUACAUUUUACUACAAAAUUUAAAAUCAUCUUGGUUAUCCUGUAACUUCCUGUUCAUUCAGCUUUUCAGCCUACUAGACUUGAACUAAACAAUAUCUGUUAACUUUUAACCAAAUAAAAUGUAUUGUAAAUACUCUCGCAGUGGUUAUCUUGUUAUAUAUCGAGCUAACUUGUGUAGUUUUGUUUUUAAACUAUUCAAUAUAUGUGAACACCGUUAGGAUUUUAGAAGUCUCCUCUGCCCUGGCCAGCUCCUACUUUCAGAAUUACUUGGGCAGUACUUAGAUGUCAGGUUCUGCAUUACCUUUGUUAUGUGUAAUCUGAUGACUUGGCUGAAGGGUUAACCUUUCACACUUUUGAAUUUGGUUUCUAUAAUUUUAUUUUACAGAUUGCUACUAGUCUAGUAAAAUAAUAAAUCCUAUUCAUACCCGAGAUCAGUGAACAUGGCCUAUUGUAUAUGCAAAUGACUAGUCAAAUUCUAUUCUGCCCAGAUGAAAAGCUUUCUUGGACAAUAUCUGACAACUGAAAGGGUGAGCCCAGAAAUCUGCAUUUUUAGCAAACAUUUUUGAUAAUUCUGGGACAGAUGUCCUUGUACUAAACUUUGAGAAAAGCUGCUGUAGGCGUAUAGAGCCCACAAAGCGUACUCAAAAUAUCAACAGUGUGGGUUGAAUGGGGGCCAGAGAGUUUUUUUUAAACGAACAAUGGACACAGUGGCGAAGAGCCUGGAGCCCUGGCAGUGUUUGUUCCCGUUCCUGUGUGUGCUUUCGGUACUUUCAGCCUCUGCAUCUCUCGGACUCUUUCUCCUGGAUUAUAUUUGUUCUUAUUGAUUCUUUCUAUUUUUUUCUCCUUUCUGUAGGAUUUGUCUUUUCUUCUCUUCCCCUUCCUAUGCAAAUUAUUUUCCGUAUUAUGCAGUCAGAUUUAUCAAUCUUUUGUUGCUGGUGGAAUUCGGUCACAGUAAGCAACAAUUUUUCUGUUCCCAGAUUAUAAACAUAUUUCCCUGUGGCUUCAUUUUGUUUUUUAUAAUUAAAUUUCUGAUUCACAUAGAUUUUGUCCAAUUGUAUGUUGUGAGCUAUGAAUGCAAUUUUGACCUUUUUCCAACUGACUUUGCAUUAAUGAAAAAGUCCAUGUUUUCCAAUACUGGUUUGAAAUGUCACCUUUUUUUAAAGUUGUAUUCCUGUGUGCACUAAAAUUUAUUUCUCAAUUCUCUGUCUAGUCUGUCUUUUU